AUGGAUCCUAAUAGCUCAGAAAAUUUUGACUGGGUUGAAUUAGUGGAUCAUAAAACCCAACAGCUAAUGUAUAUCAAUUUAAAGUCUGGUGCAUGUUUUCGAGAUCCUCCGAAGAAUGCUAAAGUGAAACCAGUAUCACCUAAUCAAUGGUGGGAGUUAUUCGAUCCAAAUGCACAAAGAAAUUAUUAUUAUAACAGUAGUACUAGAGAGACAAUUUGGCAAAAACCUUCUGAUGGUGAAAUUAUUCCUUUAGCCAAAAUUCAACAGUUACAACAAAAUCUGCGCCCUUCAUUUACUCUGCAAAAUGAUGAUAUUGGUAUAUUUCGUCGUUCUGGUCACAGCAACAAUAAUAAUAAUAAUAAUACUAGCCAUAUGAAUAUAAACCCUGAUCAUAACAGUGAAAGAUUGCCAACCUCAUCAUUAACUCAAAGAAAGUCUACUAACAAUACAUCAGUUGUUGCUGAUAAUAUAUCAGGACAUACAUUUAAUUAUAUCCUUCCUAUGCCUCAUAGUAGUAAUAAUUCAAAUGGUAAUCAUCAAAAUAUGAAUGGUAUUCAGUCGCCUGUAUUAUCCUCUCGAAUUAUCACAGCCGACAAUACUCCUACUGUCCACCACCACCACCACCAGUUCACUACUACACCGGUGACAAUUCCAGCAACAACAACAACGACAACAAUAUCCAAUGAUCAUCAACGCGUCCAUGAAUGGUUACGUGAUUCAAGAUAUACUAUUGAUAAUUCUAAUGAAUUCAUUCUUGGGAAUCCUACGCCUACAAAUUCAUUCGCUACUCCUCAGUUAACAACACCACGUCAACGUGCAUUUCCACGUACUAAUCCAACUGUAUCACGUCCUUCAGGGAGUACAACAUGUACCCUGCCUAGACCUACUACUACUUCUGCUAUGACGACGACGACGACAUCAUCAGAUAAUUCAUUAAAACCUAUUUUAUCGCCUUCAAUUAUCAAAUCAUCCAAUCAAUUGAAUGAUACAAAUUCUACAAGAAUAACACCUAUAAUGAUCGAUAUUAUCGAUUGGAGAGAAACAUCCUCUGCAUCUGCUUCGUUUAAUAAACCAAAGUUAACUCAGCAGCAGCAGCAGCCUCAGCAUCUACCUGUUGAUAGUCCAUUAUCCGCUUCUCCACAACCAUCGUCUUCUUCCCCACCAAUAUCGCCUACCUCAUUUUCAAGUGCAUCGUCAUCAACCACAACUGCAUUGACAACAGCAAAUUCUGAUGAAAGUAUAGAUGAUAAUCUACCGAAUGUUCUACUGGAGAAUUCAGAAAUUCCUAAUCAGACGAAACAGACGCAUAUGCAUUCGGAGAAUACGCCUGUCUCAUACCUUUUUAAUGAUACACAAGAUUAUAGUCAGUAUAUUUCUGUGUUGAAUGAAGAUGAUGACCAGUUGAAACCGCCUACACCACCGCCGAGAUCAGCUUCAACGUUAUGCUCUCAAGGGAUAUCAGCAUCAAAUGAUUUUUUUGUUAGUUUUUCAAAUCAUAUCCCAACAACAACAACAACAACACCAACGACACCAGUAUCGUCAUUACAUCAUCAACAUCCACAUCAGGCGAUAGAAUAUUCGCAUACAUGCUAUCCUCCAGUAUGUUUACAGUCACCAGUUACACCUUCAUCUAAUAACAAUCUGACUAAUAUGUUGUCGACAACGGAUAUAUCACCCGUCAUAACAUCAUCUUCGUUGACACGGAAUCAUCCAUUACGAGCGAAUGUUAUUCAACCGAAUCAUCGUCGACCACAUCGUUCACAGUAUUUUACACAACAUAUUCAAACAGGCAUUUCAGAUGAAAAGACCACAAAAUCCAAUGAAAACAAUAUCACCACUCCUGCUCCUCCUACUGCUACGAUUGAUGAUGAUGAUGGCGGUGGUAGUGUGAAUUGUUUCAUUUCAACAAGUCAGCUAUUCAAUACUCAACAGCCUAGAAUACUGUUAGCCAAUCAAGUGAAUACUACUCGGACAAGAAAUGUAACUUCUGCAAUCACUUUGCCUGAUAUCGGUGUUUCUAGUAAUGGUAUUAUAUGCUCCAAUAGUAAUAAUAAUAAACUGACUACUAAAGUAUGGGGGGAUUCCAGCAACCACAGUAAUCUGACGACGAUGACAACAACAACAACGAAUGAUUCAGUACAUAUUAUCGAGUAUGGUAAAUCAGGUGGUCAACUGUUAACAGGAACAAAUGAAUCAAUUACAGGCAAAGCAUUUUCUACAUCAAAUUUAAUCAUGACUAAUAAUUUGCCACGUUCUUCUUCUGGUGGUUUUAUUGGUCCAGCAGAGAGUACAGAUUCAUCAUUACUACGGACUACUAGUGGAUCAUAUAAUCAUAAUAGCAAUAGUAUUAGUAAUCAUUCUAAUAAUAAUAAUAAUAAUCGUUCACGUGUUUUAUCAAUUUAUAAAACGAUACAACCGAUUUAUGUUCAUCCAGGUCAUCCAGGAUUUUCUGUAUUUAUUGAACCAUUCAAUUGGCCUAGUCAUUUAUUUAAACCAGAUGCUGAUAUACCUGCUUUAAUGAGUUGGACAAAGUCUAACUUUUCUAAACGCUUACUGGUGAAUUCAGAACCUGCAUUGAAGAAACAAGUUGCUCAACUUUUCAAAGUAAUUCAAUCAUUUAUGGGUGAUAGAAAAGCUCGGCUUAGUCUACCAGAUUAUGGUUCAAUUAUUAUUCAUCGUGCUUUGAGUUCAGCAAAUUUACGAGAUGAAUUAUAUGCUCAAUUGUGUAAACAAACAACCGGGAAUACAGAUAUAAAAAGUCUUACAAAUGGUUGGGCCUUAUUAUGCGUAUGUCUGUAUUACUUUCCACCGAAUAGUAAAUUUCGUGAUCAUCUCUACGCUUAUCUACAAAAUCGAUCAGAGGCUUCAGUGAUUCUAAAUCAUCAGUCUACACUUAAUACAACAAUAACACCAUCUACGACAGUAACAGCGUCGGCGACAACGACUAUGACAAAUAACAACCACGCAACGUCAGGUACAGGUGAAUGCAACACUCAUCCUACACUACCGAUGGAGUCUAGUCUUAAAGCAGCAGCUGCUAUCGCCGCAGGUUUAAAUCCUUACCACUUUACUAACGACAAUGUUAAACUUGUGGAUAAAUGUCAACAGUCAAAUGAUGCCUCAAUUAAUAAUAUUUACAGUAAUCAUGUCAAUAAUUAUCCUUAUCCUGGAAUUACCUUAGGACCAUGGGAUCGUCCGACUGCUGCACAUUUUGCACGUGUUGCUCCCCGGUGGUUUGCUCGUUCAUUAAAUGUUGGUGUACGUAAGACAACAGUUAGUCCAUCGAUUGAAGAAAUAUGCCAUGUUAAGGAUUUUCUGCUGAAACCAUGCAUAUUUGGCAGUUCGUUGGAUGAAAUGAUGCAAAUACAGGCAUAUCGAUUUCCUUAUUUACGUAUACCAUGGAUACAGAUAUUUCUAACAGAAGAAAUUUUACACUUGAAUGGUGCUCAAACUGAAGGAAUUUUCCGCCUAUCACCAGAUAUGGAUGUUCUUAUUGAAGUACGUUGUCAACUAGAAAAGUUAUUUGAAAUAUUUCGUGUUGUACAACUAUGUGAUCCAGAACAACAACAGCAACAGCAGAAUAGUGAUGAAUAUGACUUGAUGAUGAAUAGUCGUUUCCUUGUUCAUCGUCCACCACCGCCAGGUUGGUCAACAUCAGUACAAGUGAUUGAAGCAGAAGACGAGAAUCAUCAAGACAAUUAUCCAGAUGGUGAUUUAAAACAUCAUCAACAAUCUUCUUCACUAUUAGCCGCCACAUCAACGUCAUCCUCGUCAUCAUCGUGUCUAGAUUGGAAUUAUUUAAUUGGUGAAUUCACUUGGCCUUUAUUACCUGAACCGUUGAGUCUACCACCAGCGGAAUAUGUCCUCCUGACACCAACAGCUUAUUGGCCAAGGAAUUUAUCUAGUAUUAUAAGACGGUCAACACGGUCAACAUCUUUGACGUCUUCGUCGAUGGCAUCAGUGUCAGUGUCAACAUCGACGACAGCAUUAACUACUGGUGCGGGUUUUGGCAGUGGCGGCGGUAAUUCAGGGAGUAUGGAGUCUCAUUUAGCUGCAGGACUACUGAAAUUAUGGUUACGUGAAUUGAGUCAACCCUUGAUACCGAUAGAGCUACAAUCGAUAUGUAUGAAAGCUGCUUGUGAAGCUGAAGUCUACGAGUCUCAAGAGAAAAAUGAUACUGCCGAAUUGUUAAAUGAAGAGGAGUUAAAUCCAAUUCAAAAAUGUUGUCGACUAGUGAGACGUUUAAAUCCCCUGCCAAGAAGAUCUCUGCUCUAUUUAAUAUUACUUUUACAACAUCUUUCAAAACCAAUCAAUUCAAAUAAGUCAUUAAUGGAUGCCAGAAAUUUAUCUACAGUCAUUGCACCAAAUUUAAUGCGUUCAUCAUCCAAUCAUAGUCAAGAUCCACGUGAACUAUUGCAAAAUGUUCGACCACAGACAUUAUUUAUUCGUUUAUUAAUUAGUUAUUUAGAUGUCGAGGCUGAAGUCAAGUAUUUAAAACAAGAAGAGGAAGCAGAGGCAGCGGCAGCAGCAGAAGAAGAACAAAGAGACGAAGCAGCCGCCAGUAUAGAUGGCGGUGGAGUCGGAGGUACUAAACAUGGGAUUAAUAAUGGUGGAAAUGGUAAUGAGAAAAUGAUCAAGAACAAGAAUAUUGUGGAAGAUAAGGCAGCCUCUGAAGGACGACGAUUUCUUAUGGGUGGAAAUCACACUAGUUAUCACGAUAAGUUGUCGUCAACCGCCUCGAAUGGUUAUGUGUAUUUAUCAGCACCGGUACGUGUUAAACUCGGUCCAAAUAACGCCUUCAUACCACUGUAA